CUUUUUGGUAUUCGGACUUUUCAGUCCAAACAAUUGGGAAAAAUACCCAUCUGGAAUAAUACUCUUUUCUUUCUAGCUUUUCAUCUAUCCAAACAGCAAACAUUUCAACAUUAUAGAGAGAGAGAGAGAGAGAGAGAGAGAGAGAGGAGAUGGAAGAGAAAUUAGCAAUGAAGUCAAGGUUCAAAAGGGUUUGUGUGUUUUGUGGGAGUAGUACUGGGAACAGAAGUAGCUACAGAGAAGCUGCUCUUAAUUUGGGGCAAGAGCUGGUGUCGAGGAAGUUGGAUCUGGUUUAUGGUGGGGGAAGUGCUGGGUUAAUGGGGUUGAUCGCUCACGAAGUUCAUCGUGGCGGAGGACAUGUUUUGGGAAUCAUACCCAAGACUCUGAUGUGCAAAGAGAUAACUGGAGAAACAGUAGGGGAGGUAAGACCUGUAGCCAACAUGCAUCAAAGGAAAGCAGAAAUGGCCCGCCAUUCUGACUGUUUCAUUGCCCUUCCAGGUGGGUAUGGAACACUGGAAGAGUUAUUAGAAGUUAUAACAUGGGCCCAGCUGGGGAUUCACGACAAGCCUGUGGGUUUGCUGAAUGUGGAGGGUUACUACAAUUACCUUCUCACCUUCAUUGAUAAAGCAGUGGACGAUGGCUUCAUCUGUCCCUCUCAGCGUCACAUUAUCGUCUCAGCUCCCACCGCCACAGAACUCGUUCAGAAACUAGAGGUGUACGUGCCAGUGCACGACGGAGUAGUGGCCAAGGCAAGCUGGGAGGUCGAGCAAGUGGAGCUUAACGCAUCCUUGCAGUCUGAAAUAGCCCGUUAGAGAGAGAGAGAGAGAGAGAGAGCAAUCCCCUUCAAUUCUUUCUCUGCAUGCAAAAGAAAUCUGUAACUAAUUAUUAGGCUCUCCAUGUCGUCAUCCUCAAAUUUUUUUUUUUUUUGUGUGGGUAGUAUAGGGUAGUGUGUCAGCUGUUUGUAUGGGAUGAAAAUGGAAUCUAAUCUUAUAUAUCAUAUUUAUGCAUCGUGUCAAUGUA